AUGGCUGGUAAUAUUUUUAUCUAUCUAUCUAUCUUUCUAUUCUCAGUCUUUUCUAUCUAUCUAUCUAUCUAUCUAUCUAUCUAUCUAUCUAUCUAUCUCAGACGUUUUCCUUUUUUGCUUUCUCUCUUAUUUCUUAAUUUUUUAAAACUUUCUUUUAAUCUUUAUUUCCUUCUUAAGAUUUUAUUCUUUAUUUUUCUUAAUUUUUUUAUUUCUCCUCUAUUUUUUUACACCAUCCUCUUUCUUUCUUCCUCGUUUCUUUUUCUUUCUUUCUCCUCACCGCCAUUGUUUACCACUGCCUCUGAUUUAAUUCUUUAUUCUUUCUUUCCUUCUCUCCCCAGAUCUUGUUUUUCUUUCUUUCCCCGUUCACCUCUAACACUUUUUUUUCUCACUCCAGGGUUAACAUUCUUCAGCCUCGGUGUCUACUUCGACGUGAUGGCUAAAAAAAAAACUAAUUUCCCAUGCAGCCAUUGCAGGCCUCGUGCACACAUCGUUCUUAUUUUCCAUUUUUUUCUUCUUUUAUUUCAAUUCUCUUCUUACUUUUCGCCUGGAAUAUGCUCUUUUCACCUUCAUUCUGCACCUACCCAUCUUAAUCAAACUCUUUCAGUCCAAUUUGCCUCAGAUAUUUUCUCUUUCAUCUUCCUAAUAAUUAAUUCGACACACCCCUGUUUUAAUUGGAUUGGCUGA